GAUCAGAACACGUUGCUUCGUCGUGCAUGCUAGCUGGAGCCGGAGUGAGUGAAUCCUUUUAUACCAAAGACUCAAAGCCUCCAUUGAGUCUCUCUCCUUAUACAGUAUGACCAAGAGAAAGAGUAGCGAUGAAUGGGAAGGAAGCGAGUGGCUCUCAGGACAAUUCCCACCGCCCUCCUUGCCCUCUUCUGGCUCCAGUUGUGACUAUUGUCGUGAAAGCUUUGGGUUCUUCUGGUGGAUGUCAGGAGGAAGGAAGACCUGCCAUUUCUGUGGCUACCAGAUACACUCCCGCUGUAGUAGCGUCAUAUCCAAUGGUAAUGGAAGGAAAAUCAGGAUUUGUCAAAGAUGUCGCAAGUACAAGUACGACUCCUCGAAACUCCUCAUUGAAGGUGACGAGUUUAUAUCCUACACAGGCAGAAUCCCCUCAGCUUGUUACCUCUGUCUCUCUGAAGUUGAAUGCUCCCUCCUCCUUAGGAUUGACCCAUCAAAUGUUGAAGAGAAAAUCUCACUAAGUGAAGUUGUCAGUGUACAAAGAGGGUUUUCUCAUGCUGGCCACAUGAGAGCCGCUUCACUCUAUGAUCCUUUACGCUGCUUCUCUAUUAAUGUCAAUACUUGUAAUGGCCAUAAGACAUAUGAUUUGAAAGCAGAGUCCCUCUCUCACUGUGAAAAAUGGAUCAAAUCUUUAAACGUUGCAUUGGAAGUUUAUCGCAAACUGAAAGAACAACAAAGAAUUGAGCAAAACACAACAGGAGCCAAUGUAGAAAGAGAAAGUGCCAAUGCUAAGUCUAAAAACUCCCCCUCACCUUCCCCCACCCUCUCCUCUAAUUCCCCCAUUUCAUCUUCUUGCUCUUCCUCUACAAGAGAAGAGAGAUUGACCCAGAGAAGAAGGAGGAGAAAAGAGUCUCCUGAGGUAGUCAUGGGUGACGGAAAAUCCAUAGAAAUCUACGAACAAGACGACAUGGUAGUGGUAGAUGUGACCUCGGACUAUGGAACUGCGUGUGGCUCCAGUCGUGAGGCCACACCGACCAGCGAACCUGGUGACCCUAAACACUCGCCCGUAAUACUCAAAAGGUCCCAUUACAAGAUACGAACAAUAAAUGCACCACACAGAUCUAAAGUUAAUAGGAGCAGCAGAAACGAAAGAUUCACCGCAACAGUCACUUCAACACGAUCCUCACCAGACUGGAGAACUGAUAGCUCCUCUUCCCACGGACUUCCUUAUAAGGGAAAGAAGAAUCCACUAGCAUCAAACUGUGCAUGCCAUGCGUAUGCUAUAGAAUCUCCUAGGGACUUCCUUUUUCCAUUUUCCAAGAACGUACCCAACGAUCCCUUCCAGUCAUGCUGUGAGCUGUGCCGGGGGAAAUGUAAAGUAGCGCACGAUCUAAGAACAUUUUAAGAUUAAUUUUUCAAAUAGAGAUAAUUGUUAUUGUUAUUAUCAACAUUAUAUAAUUUUUAUCACAUACACAUAAGAACAACUAGUCCGUGUUGUCAGCAGAGGUCACUCUAUCCAUUGUAUGUUUGUCUAUAAUGAAUAAUUCGUUCUUUGUAUCAUUAGUCAA